AUCAUCCAGCGCGGUGUUUAGGCUCCACUGAUGUCGUUGCGCUUUGGGGCAAGAAGUUGGCAUUGCUCUGGCCCCUGGGACUGAAGACGAGGUCCGGGUGACUCCGGCCCUUUCCUACCCACAUCUCCCUCGCUCGCCUUUCUCUCCUUCCUCUGGCAGGAUGAGGCGUGCAGGCCUGGGUGAAGGAGCACCUUCUGGCAACUAUGGGAACCAUGGCUAUUCUCACAGUGGGUACAGUGCCUGUGAAGAAGAGAAUGAGAGACUCACCGAGAGUCUUAGAAGCAAAGUAACUGCUAUAAAAUCUCUUUCCAUUGAAAUAGGCCAUGAAAUUAAAAGUCAAAAUAAGCUAUUAGCUGAAAUGGAUUCACAAUUUGAUUCUACAACUGGAUUUCUAGGUAAAACUAUGGGAAAACUGAAGAUUUUAUCCAGAGGGAGCCAAACCAAGCUGCUGUGCUAUAUGAUGUUGUUUUCAUUGUUUGUCUUUUUUGUCAUUUAUGGGAUUAUUAAACUGAGGUGAUGCAAGUAAGUGUGAGUUUGGAAUUUGUUCCAACUAAUAGGAUGGAGUACCACUUUGAUAAAAAUCAGCAUCGCAACAUUCCUAAUUUUGAAAUAUUAGACCUUUUCCAUUGAA